AUGAAGGAGGAGUGCGUGAAAGUGCCGCCCGUCGUUGUGAAGGCCGCCUUCAGGGACGAGAACCGACAGGCACAGAUGUGAGGUUGUUUAGGAAAACGAAGAAGUUAUUGUGUGAUUACAGAAACGAGGCCGCGAACGUGUACAUUACCGGAAUCGUGGGCGACUGCAAAUCGACCCUCGAAUCGAUGGUUCUGCUCCCGUUGAAGUACCACAUUCAUGGCAUCGACAUCACUUUCCGACUUUGGUACUAUUUAUUUCAGUACCGUCUUGAACAUAAAGACAAUAAGUUCAGGAUCAAGCACAUUCUGAUCGAGCUCAACCUUGUCAUCCAACCGCUGAAAAAACGCUCCGUUAUCAUUGAGGAGCCGAUCAUUUUUGAUUCAGUAGAUAGCAUCGUCCACUCGGAGAAGGUUGGACUUGCCGUUCGGCAGAGAAUCAACGAGGGCGAUGCGGAGGCGGACGAUCCAAAGUUCCGUAUGAUUCGGGUAAGCUAGUUGGAAGAGCAUCCAUCCGAGCAGCAGAUUGCUUAUGCAGGUGGAGGCGGCCGGAACGCAGAUUCGAGGACUCCGACACUUGUGCUACAGCCUAGAGACGCUGCCGUUCUUCAUCCGAAACAUCGAUCCCGGUUUGAUGAAGCACGUCACCGAGGACGACGUACUCAACCUCAAUGCGGUAAUCGAUUCGAUCUGAAAGAAGGAUGUCACUCCGAAAUCAUUGCAGGUGUGCCUGAACUCCGACGCCGAGAGAUUCCAACAGCUCAUCGACGCAUUCUUCCGCGUUCCCGAUGAUCGCAAAUCGUUGAUCGCCUUCAAGCAGUUUGUUUCAGAACAAAAAGUACCGACAUUCAUUAAUUCCUGAUUUCAGAGAGAUUGACAUUGAAAAAAUCGCGAAAAGAUCUGCCGGCCGAAGAAGUGUACACGGUCGCGACGGGCGACGAGAAGAGCCUUCGCGUGCCGGCGAUUCUGUUCCAGACGUACUCGCGCGGAUUCGAUGCGGGCCGGAGACGACACGCCGAGCAGACGAAGGAGGAUCCGAACAGACUGAAGUUGGAGUUCAGCGCCGAGGCGAUCGAGUUGGCCAUGAAGGUUCUGAUCGAUGUGCGAACGUUCUUCGCGGCCGACAUGAAUUUGAAAGAAGAAGUGCUGGCGCUCUGUCGAUUCUGCCUCUUCACCCAGAUCAUUCCCGACCUUCUUCGAAUGAUCGUCUUGACCGGUAACAUUUGAAUGCCUUUGUGAAACCAGCGCAUCCGUUUCAGCCGAGGAGAAAGAUGCAAAGUUCAUUCGAGAGCUCUUCUACAUGGACUGCGAUCAGAUGAUGCCCCUGGUCGGAGAGCUCCGCCCGGACAUGGUCAUGUACUGGAAAGAGUUCCCCAUUCCCGGACACUAUCUGAAAGUCCUUGAGAAGUGAGAGCAUUCACAGGUGGCCAUUUGGAAUUGAAAUCUUCAGAGUUUGCCAAUCGAUAAAAUACCAUCGCUUCAAAACGAUGGGAUCGUGCGAUUGUGCGCCAUUUUUUGCGAUGGGCGACACGAAAGUGGACAACGAGAAUAUCAGAUCCAAGUGGUUGGCCUCGUUUCUGACGAAGGACGGCGACGGCAAGGAAGUGAUGUUCGACGUGAUGGUGAGUUCGCACAGGGACUGGGCAAAACGCCAUUUGCAGCAGUCAAGAAUCUGAUCGGGCCCAAACCUUGCAGGCUUCUUGGACUUGGAUUGAAGUUUCUUGGGUGCAAGUAUCAGCCCGAUCGCGCUAGAUCAGAAGCCACACCAUCUGCGGGCCAGAUAAUCCUGUCUGUCUGACACUUGAACCCGAAAUACAAGUCCAAGAAGCCUGCAAAGUUGGGGCGAGGUGGCCAAACGUCUAGGCCUUCGAAAAGCCUUUGAAAAGGCCCGAGCCGGCCAAUAGCCCAGGGCUUCAUAAUAAUAAUAGAGUCUUGCAGAGAUCGAUCUACCUCUGGGAGGGAAAACUGCACCGAAAGAGGAGACGCUCGUCGGACAGGGACCCCCGAUACGUCCACUACGGUCCCGUUCCUAACAAUCAUCGCUAG